GAAUCAUGUUGCUGAAGGCAAGCAGAACUUCCAAGUCACGCUAUUUAUUGAAUACGGAAGAUGCUAUUAUUCAUGGCAGAGUGAACUGAGCAUCAGUCAGAAAACAUCCCCGUUUGCAGACUACAGACCCAAGAGAGCCAGGAUGGGCACUGCUGGAAAAGUUAUUAAGUGCAAAGCAGCUGUGCUAUGGGGAAUGAACCAACCCUUCUCCAUUGAGGACAUAGAAGUGGCCCCACCAAAGGCUAAGGAAGUUCGUGUUAAGAUCUUGGCCACAGGAAUCUGUCGCACAGAUGACCAUGUGAUAAAAGGAGCAAUGGUGUCCAAGUUUCCAGUGAUUGUGGGACAUGAGGCAGUUGGGGUUGUAGAGAGCAUCGGAGAAGGGGUCACUACAGUGAGACCAGGUGACAAAGUCAUCCCCCUCUUUCUACCACAGUGUAGAGAGUGCAACGCCUGCUGUAACCCAGAGGGCAAUCUCUGCAUUAGGAGCGAUCUGACAGGCCGCGGAGUACUGGCCGAUGGCACUACCAGAUUCACGUGCAAGGGCAAACCGGUCCAGCACUUCAUGAACACUAGCACCUUCUCCGAGUACACGGUGCUGGAUGAGUCUUCCGUGGCUAAGAUCGAUGGCGCAGCUCCUCCUGAGAAAGCCUGCCUCAUUGGCUGUGGGUUUUCCACUGGUUAUGGGGCUGCUGUUAAAACCGCCAAGGUCACCCCUGGCUCGACUUGCGUUGUGUUUGGCCUGGGAGGAGUAGGCCUGUCAGUCAUCAUGGGCUGUAAGGCCGCGGGCGCCUCCAGGAUCAUUGGAGUUGACAUCAACAAAGACAAAUUCCAGAAGGCUCUGGCUGUAGGAGCCACAGAGUGUAUCAGUCCCAAGGACUCCCCCAAGCCCAUCAGUGAGGUGCUGUCAGACAUGACAGGGAACACCGUGCAGUAUACCUUUGAAGUUAUUGGGCGCCUUGAAACCAUGGUUGACGCCCUCUCAUCUUGCCAUAUGAACUAUGGAACCAGUGUGGUUGUUGGUGCUCCUCCGUCAGCCAAGACGCUCACUUAUGACCCAAUGCUGCUCUUCACUGGGCGUACAUGGAAGGGCUGCGUCUUCGGAGGUUGGAAGAGCAGAGAUGAUGUACCCAAACUGGUGACUGAGCUCCUGGAAAAGAAAUUUGACCUGGACCAGCUGAUAACCCACACCUUGCCUUUUGAAAACAUCAGUGAAGGAUUUGAAUUGCUUUAUUCAGGGCAAAGCAUCCGGACUGUCCUGACAUUUUGAGAGCUGGAGAGCUGGAUGUUCUGUGCUGGGUGACUGCGACCUGGAGCGUCUUCCUGGUAGUGCUCACUGACAUCAUGAGUCUGUCUCAGAAAUACACACAGAAGUAGAUUUGGUGAAGGUAUAGAUGCUUUAUCGAGUUUUAUAAACCUUUAGUUUAGUUUAGUAAGUGCCCAGGACUAGCAGGGGACUCAACAGGAACAUUAAGUGCUUUAAUUUGUAUUUUCUAAGGCUAUAACUAUAUUUUUACAAACAUAGACUUGGAUUUCUAUUUGCUAGAACAGGGAUUGUUCGCAGAAUUUUACGUGGUCGCUGUGACUUAAAGUAGAUGCAGCAUGUAGAGAUGCAGUACAUGCACAUUUAGAGAAAUACCCUCAAACACACUACAACUCCUCAUUCUGUUGUUUAACAGAAACACUUUUAAAAUGUGUUAUAAAUUAACUUGAAUUACAUUGUGAAAUUGCACACAUUACUUGAUUAGAUUAAGAAAGAAAUUGGGAAACUUAAGGGAAGGGCACGUUUUUCAAUGAUUAACUCUAAAAUUAUCAUUAUGUAACUUUGUGACAUUCGAGAGGCACAACAGUGCUGGGACUAUUUGUCUGUGUAUAUUAAUGCUUUAUAAGACAAAAAAUU